UAGAAGUUUUCGGUCCCUGGACGAUAGGUGUCACCGAGCAGUAAACAGGUUAAUAUGUGACUUGUUUUUGCUGUCACUUGGAAGAUAAAACUUAGAUAACAGUUUACUGAACUUUAUUUUUGUCUGUGUGUCGGUGGAGACUCUAAAGCGCUAAGGAAUAUAAAGUUUGCUUCGAAGUUGCAGAUGCAGGAGGUAAGUGAGGCCAGCAACUUGGAUGAUGAUAUGGUGGAUGGAGACCUGGGUGAUGGCAUGGGAGUCAGAGCAGCACCCAGCUUUACAAGGAAGAAGAGUCAAAGCGUUGCUGGUGUCACAGAGAGCCUGCUGCCUGGAGCAGAGCGGCAUAGGAACAGUGGCCAGACAGGAGAGGCAGUCUGGAUCCCUGGUCUGAAGACUGCAGAGACACAGCAGAGAGCCCGCUGGAAGCUGCUAUGCUCUGCAGGCUCCCUAGCUGAGCUGUCCAAAGACGAGCUGAAAGAGAGACUACAGGAAGCCACUGAGGUAAUAGAUGUACUGUGCUGUGAGCUGGAGGUGGCACGUCGGUACCUUGAAGGCAAAUAUGAAGCUCUGAAGAUCUUACAAGGGAAGGCCAUUCUUGACAAAGCCACGAGUCACACUAAAAGUCUGUUGCAGAAAAGUGAGGAGAAGGCCAAAGGUCUGGAGAAGGAGGUGAACAGCUUGCAGUGGGAACUCAGCUUCAACCAGGUCCAGAUGAAGAAGUCUCAGCAGUCCUGGGAGCAGAAAUGCAAUAGAAUUUUGAGUGAGAACAAGACUCUGACUGCCAACCUGGAGGAAAGAGAGAGUGAGAUCCAGCAGCUCCGAGCAGAAAAUUCAGCUCUAAGUCGGCAGUACUUGGAGCUUCUUUCCAUGUUGAAUAUGAAGGAGCAGAGAGCUUACCAAGAAACCAAACCUGAAUACAGCCCAGAGAGAGAUGCAAGUGUUCUGGAGAUGGCAGUGUUGGGGGCCUGUCGGUGUCUUGGUAUCACUGAAGCUUGUCCAUGCAGUCGGACUGCUGCUGCCAGCAGGAAGCAGCUUAUCCAGCUACAACAGGAGCUUGAUACUCAGCGUUCGAGGAGAGAGGAGGCAGUAAUGGUUGCAGAUGCUUUUCGCAUCGCCUUUGAACAGCAGCUGAGGAAACGAAGCGAGCACUUCCUGCUGCUGGCCGAGGCCAACAUUCUGAAAUCCCAUCACUGUAGGGCUGAAGGUGUUAACGGGAGUCCUCUAAUCAGUGUAAGCCAGAGGUUGAGACGAUUGCUGCCCUCCAGUUUAGAAGUGAAGAUGCCUGAUGAUCUUUUAGAGACUCUCUACAGACUGCUGGACUUGCUGAAUGACAAGGAGGAGGCCCUGGCCCACCAGCGGAAGGUGAGCAUCAUGUUAGCCCACAGUGCUGAGGAGCUGCAGAGACAGUUGCAUCUAGAUUCACAUUGCAGGCCAUCAGAUCCGUCACAGUCAAGGAUUCCAUCAAAACAACAGCAAGACCCAUCAGAGAGACAGUCUCUGCAAACAUCUGAUACAUCAGAGUCCAACAUCCAAGCACAGCAACAAGUAGAGCUGCCAGACCUCCAGCUUCAGCCAAGACAACCAUCAAGGGUGCCAGAGUCCACAACUAAACCACAGGAGUCUUGAUCCACCCAUGGGAUGUCCACAGAAGUUGGGGUUUAAUUCUAAAAGGACAUAAGAAGACGUGGCUGUAGCAUGUGUGCUGUCACACAGAGGCUGAAUCUGAAGGUAUGGUAUGAACGUGUAUGAUUUGACCGCUCUGCUGUCCCAGCAGCUACUAGAGCUAAAACACCCAAAUGUGGUCCUCAAAGAGGAAGGGAACCUUCCAAGUAGUGGAUGACCCGCUCUACCUCUAAGCCACACCCACCCACAAGUAAGCAUUGUUGUGAAUCUACAAACCAAACACUGGCUCUAGAUAGGAACUUUCAAAUUUUUUUGCGAAUUUAACUGCCACCUCCUACAUGCUUGUAAGGCUGAGUUAAAGGCAAAUGGUUGCAGCAGCUUCACCAUUAGAUGACUCUAAAUCCUACACACUGGUCUUUUGAGGAAAGAAAGGUCAACAAUCAGCCUCUAUGUCCUUACCAGGACACAGUGAGAGAUAUGAAGAUUGCUGGCUGGUCUGUGAAUCUUUGACUAAGUUUAAAAUAGAAUUUAUUACAGUUAAGAAAUUAAGUACAGAAGUAUUACUAGUAAGCAUACUUAUUUUGUAGAAAAUUGGCCCCAGUGACAGAUUACAUCAUUAAUACUGAUUCAUCUGUGCAUAAGAAGCACUUUACUGUUGUACUUUGUUAAGGUGGAACUAGUUUAUUACUUUUUAUACCAUGGUCUGGAUAAAUACUUUGUCAGAUUGGCUGCAGGGUGUCUGAUGUAGGACACCUACCAGGUAGUUCCAGUGAAAGUGUCUGUUUACCCUUCCUAAUUAAUAUGCUGAAAUAGACUAAAUGAAAACUCUGAAUAUCUCAAUAAUAUAUCUUAGUGUUGUCCUUCAGUGGCUUAUCCUCUGAACACCACAGGAUGGAACCUGUAAAACACAAACCCCUACACUCUGAACUUACUAUUUUAAGCAGUUCAGUCACUUCCUGAAAAUCUCUGCAGACUUUUACAGUAAAAUACAUCAAUAAAAAAUGCAUAAUACAGACAGAUGAUUGUAUAAAAAGUUCCUAAAACGAUCAGUAAAUCUCAUAUCUGAUGCUUACUGCAGAUAAUCUGCUCAAUAUCCAUCCAAAUUGUUCUUUUUACACAAACAUGCAGUUUCUGUUUGGACUCAUAGUGUUCUCUCGGCAUUGCCACCAUUUCACAGCUUCAGUCUAAACGCAAUGUGAACAAGGUAGGUUACAGAGGGUCAGCAGACAUUUAUCCUAGUAUCAUAGUCCUUCUUUCUUUAGUCUCUUUAGCACUCACAGAAGGUACUGCUCAUGUUCCUUGUCAAGUGAUUACAUCAUUGAGGUAGACCACAACUUCCAGCAGGUUCAUAUCACCAACAGUCUUCUCCAUAAAUUGUUGAAAUGUGGCAGGUGCCCAAUUCCCUGCGCCAUUCAUUCAAACGGAUAAAAUUCUGCUUGGCAGAUGAAUGCAGUUUUUUGUUUAUCAGCAGCAGUUAAAGAUUGGAAAAUUAAAUUGAAUUCAGUAAUUCCAAACUUUUAUUUAAAAUGACCAUGAAAAACAACUGCUUAUAUUAGGAGAGGGGUGCAGUUAGCUGCACAAUAUGUGACUGCAUGUCACAAACUAAGGGACAGUAAUAAAAAUGUCAUAACUGAAUGUGAAAAGUUAGAAUCUGAAUCUUAUUAUAAAUAUGGAACACACACACACACACACGUUGUCUUGUUCUUUUUUAUUUUAUUUUACUCAAUGAAUUGCAUUCUUUAUGAAAUGUUUUUUUUCUUUUUUUCAUUUUAUCAAUGGUUUGGCAAUAUUGUUUCUGACAUUCAGUGAGUAGUGGUGAGAGUUUGAGGUGAUUUUGCAGCACUGAAGGAUCAUUUGCUGAAAAAAAUCAUCAUAAGCAGCAUAAGAAAGUGCAUAACUGUUUGUGUCUUUCACUGUAUAUGUGUAUCUGAAAGAGACUGAAAUAUAAUCAUCUGUAAAUAAAGCAAAAG